AUGAAGCUCAACACCUGUGUUCUCGUGGGGUUGGCCACUAUUUGCCAAGCCGAACAGCUAACAGUGAUCCCCAUCAAUGAGACGACCAUUCAAUCUUUCCUCAAGCCUUCGUCAAUCGAAGUAAUCCCCAUAGAUUUCAUCGUGACGGGACAUGCCCUCUCCAAGCCUUCAUCGACCAAAGCCCCCGCAGGCCGUCCCGGCGAGAGCGUGAACAAACCAACCAAUGACAAUCGGCCGGCUGAAGUCCCUUACUGGGGCUUCAAGCAAAGCUGCACCGAAAUCCACGGCGACGGAAGCAAAGAAGCAGUCAUUUGGGCCUGUUGCGACACAACCUACGGCUACGGCAUCCAGAACCGUUUCCGACUGGGCCAGUGUAUCGAGAAUGCGCGCGGAAAGCUGAUUCCGCGCAAAAAUGGGGGGUUCUGGCGCACUUGUGAGGAUUGUGGGCUCAAGGAUCCGGAGAAACCGACGGUGUAUAGUUGCAAGUGCUGGCCUAUGCCUGUCCAUGGAGCAGAGCAUGAGCGUGUGGAGGCUGAAAUUGAAUUGAACGACUUCAUCGGCAACGACCAUGGCAAGUUGGUUUGCUUCAGCGUCAGGGAGGAGCGCUACUGGGGAAAUUGCACCAAUGACUUUCCUUGGGACAACUAGACGACUACAAUAGCAGAUAGG